UGUCUCUCACGUAUAGAAAACAGGUCGGGUAUUCCCGUCAGCCCUCUUUUGAAUUGCAUCAAUUCUGAUUAUGAACCAGAAAGAAGAAGAAAUGGAGGAUAGCUCCCCGCCACUCUGUGUCGCCUGCGGCCAAGCGCAUUUACCGGAAGAAAACCACUUGUACAGCUACACUGAAGAAGUAGAUGAUGAUCUGAUAUGCCACAUCUGCCUGCAACCUUUGCUUCAGCCGUUAGACACGCUCUGUGGUCACACCUUCUGCACAGCCUGCCUUACGAACUUCCUUGUGGAAAAAGACUUCUGCCCCAUGGACCGCAAGCUUGUGAUUCUCCAGACGUGCAGGAAGUCCAGCAUACUAGUGAAUAACCUCCUGGACAAGCUAAUGGUUAGCUGCCCUUUCACAGAACACUGCUCAGAGGUCAUGCAACGCGGUUACCUCGAACAGCAUUUCCAAAACCAAUGUAAAGGAGCAUCCCACUAUGGCCUUACCAAGGAACGGAAGAGGCGUUCCCAGGACUGCUCUCUGGACCAUGGCUCCAGCUUAGCAGUAGCUGCCCUGGGCCCCGAGCUCUCAGCAGCUGCGGCCAUUGCCUUAAUGACAGACGAGCCGGGGCUGGUGAACCCGGCCUUCAGCCCCACCUCGGAUGACAGCCAGUCGGGCAGCAGCCCCGGAGACGUGCAUCGCAGCAACCGAAACAGAACUCGACACUUUGAACGCUCCACUAUAAGAAGCAGAUCUUUUAAAAAAAUAAACAAGGCUUUUAGUGUUCUUCGAAGGACAAAAAGUGGAAGUGCUGUUUCCAACCAGGCUGACCGGGAAAGGGAGACUGUUGGAAACUCUGCUGCUGGAGACGACGGUUUUCCCAGGUUGUAUCACCUGAUUCCAGAUGGGGAAAUUACCUGCAUUAAGAUCAACCGUACCGAUCCCCAUGAAAACCUGGCCAUUAGGAUUGUGGGAGGCAGUGAGACUCCUUUGGUUCACAUUAUUAUACAGCACAUUUAUCGAGAUGGGGUAAUUGCCAGAGAUGGAAGAUUGCUGCCUGGAGACAUGAUACUAAAGGUAAAUGGCAUGGACAUCAAAAAUGUGCCUCACAACUAUGCCCUGUCAAUCCUGAAGCAACCCUGCCAUGUGCUCCGACUGACGGUGCUCCGAGAGCAGAGGUACCGAUGCCGAAACAGUGGACUUUCCCUUGAUGCUCACUGCAAUAGGGACGACAGUUUCCAUGUUGUGCUAAACAAAAGCAGUCCGGACGAGCAGCUGGGAAUAAAACUGGUCCGCAAGGCCGAUGAACCGGGGGUAUUUAUUUUCAACUUGCUGGAAGGCGGCGUGGCUGCCCGUGAUGGACAGCUUCAGGAGAACGACCGGGUGUUGGCCAUCAAUGGGCAUGACCAUCGGUACGGCAGUCCAGAGAGCGCAGCCCAGCUGAUACAGGCCAGCGAGAAGCAGGUUCACUUCGUCGUGUCGCGGCAGACCAGGCAGCAGACCCCCGACAUCUUGCAGGAGACGGGCUGGAGUUACGGCAGCGGCAGCCCCCAGCCCUGUCCUGCUGAGAGAAACAACCCCAGCAAGAGCACCCUUCACGCCGUCACCUGUCACGAGAAGGUGGUGGCUGUCCGGAAAGAUCACACAGAAUCGCUGGGAAUGACUGUAGCAGGCGGAGCAUCUAACUGGGAAUGGGAUUUGCCUAUCUAUGUGAUAAGUGUCGAACCUGGAGGGGUUAUCAGCAGAGACAGCAGGAUAAAAACAGGUGACAUCCUCCUGAACGUGAACGGGAUUGACCUGACAGGGGUCAGCCGGAGCGAGGCCGUCGCCCUGCUGAAAAACACCAACUCGUCGGUGGUGCUCAAAGCCCUGGAGAUGAGAGCAUGCGAAGCCCAGGAGGAGCAGGGCCGCCUGCCGCCCCCCGAGGCCACACAGGCGACCUCCGAGAGCAGCGAGUGGUCGCCUUCCUGGGUUAUGUGGCUGGGGCUGCCACGGUAUUUGUACAGCUGCAAAGAAAUCGUAUUACGAAGAAAUACAUCUGGAAGUCUUGGCUUCAGCAUCGUAGGAGGUUAUGAAGAACAUACUGGGAAUAAACCAUUCUUUAUCAAAUCCAUUGUUGGGGGAACACCAGCAUAUAAUGAUGGCAGAAUUAGAUGCGGUGACAUCCUCCUUGCUGUCAAUGGCAGGAACAUAUCAGGAAUGAUGCACGCCUGCUUGGCAAGGAUGCUCAAAGAACUGAAAGGAAAAAUUACUCUCACAAUCGUGUCCUGGCCUGGCACUUUUUUAUAAAACAAGGCUUCACGGAGAGUACGACAAGUAAUUUAACACAGAAAAAAGAAAGGAACAUCAGUCUUUGCUUUUUGGGGGGGUCAAGUAUGUGUUUAUAAAGACAAGGUUUGUGAAAUUUCAACCUGCAUGUCAAUAGAAGUCAAGUUUAGGCAAAGCAGGGACACCUGUCAGAAAAUCACUUCAGAGUGAUUUAAGCUACAGACUUAAGUCUUUCCUUCCUCGUGUUCUUAAGGGUUUUUUGAUAUAUAUAUUUAAUGCAUUAUAAUAAUACUGAAAUUUAAGGAGCAGCAGCUCCUGCCCACCCACUUUAUUUUGAUUUACAAAAAGAAAUCCUUGAAUAACUUACGGAAAAAUUUCUUGCAAUUUUUCUAGUUGCAAAAAUCAGGUGAAGGUUUUUAUCCAACACAUUAAUAGCACUUUUGAUUAUGUGUACCUUUUCAUGGUCAGCA